AUGGAUCGGGCCCUCGUCGAGAUUUGUCAGGAGGUCCCUUUAUCCAUUCACCCCCUUGUUUUCAUAUUUGAACGUAUUCAGAGUGCCACGACUGCAUUCUCGAUCGGCUAUCAGCUUGUUUACCUGAUCAAUGUCGUCCUCUCCGUCAUUUCCAUCUUUACAUGCACUUAUUUCAUCAAAACAUUCAUUUGGAACUCGAUGUUCCACCCGAACUUCAAAGUAAGAUCUUGAUAGAGGUAACUGAUCUUUGAACAUUUGAACCUCAAACAGUUCAGCUCCUCCUCACAAUGUACUUCUUCGCGGCCAUUUUCCAUUCAUUUCUUUUCACCGCUUCAUAUCUGAUGAUGAUCGAACGGUUUAUCGACUUCCGCGCUGAUUGUGAUAUCCACGUACCGAUGGUUCCGUACGCAAUCGUGCACAGUUCCAUCGCUUGUUGUCUGUUUUGCGGAAUGCUCACACAGGUUGGAAUUCAAAGAUCAGACUGAAUUAACAGUUCUUUUUUUAAAGGUUUUCAUGGUGAUUGAACGACUUCUGGCGACCAUCAAAGUGCAAAGUUAUGAGCAUAGCACUUCGUUUUUGCACAUCAUUUCCUAUCUCUUCUUUGUGGGCCCCCUCUUCGACUUUCCGGUCUUCAAAUGAUACAUUUCAGUGCAUAGUCCUCCCGCUUUCUCUUCUUGUCUGGGCCUAUCAGGAUGCGGACUACAACUCGCCGGUCAUCUCCGCAAUCAGCCCUCCGAAAGGCGUCGAAGCUCGGGUAAUCUCCUCCUGCUCUUUGUUUCUCUUCUCCAAAUUCAUUCUUUUCAGUUGAAUACCCUCUACAUUUUCUGUUUCCUACUUGCAAUUCUCGCGCUCGUUCUCCUCCAAGUGGUCAGAUACGUCAACAAGCGUCAAGAGAGCCGGUGAGCCGAAGAGACGGAGAGUUCCCGCAAAAAAGAGUUUCAGAAUUGAGAUAAGCCUUUCCGGACGCUUCCAAGUGGUCGAGAACAUUGACACGACCACGUUCAUCUCUUCGAUUCUCAUCAUCAACAUGCUUCUCUCCGUCAUCUAUAUCAUCGGAACGUUCUCGCUUCGCAACUUUGCCUUCGAUAUUUUCAUCAAUGAGCCGGCUGCCUUGUCCACGGUUAAACUGCUCUUUUAUGUGAGUUUACGCAGAAAUGUUGGCAUUUCGGAUUACUGUAGUCUGAUGUAUUUCAAUUUUGUGCAAUGAUGUCUGAAAGAAGUAACCUCAAUUCUUUGCAGCUCCACCCCUCGUUCUCGUUUCUUCUCCCGUUAAUCUCCAGCUAUCAUCUCUCUAAAAUGCGUGAACGCCGUCUGAAACGUCGCGAACAUAUUAUGGCGAUGAAAACGAAAGGCCGUGAGGGAUCUGACGCCUACAAUCAACUACUUCAUGAUCAGUGGACGCAGCACUUCCUCAAAUAA